UACUCCACAGACUGCAGUCAUUGUUCGGUGCCCGUUGGCUCUAUCUGUCCUGUUCUGGUCAAAUAUAUUAACUGCAAUAUCGACACAUAAACCUUGCGUAUAUUAUACAUUGUACAAAUAUAUAAUACAUAUCGCACGUGUUAUGUAUGUGUGUGUGCUUGAGCGUAUUUUUCUUACAUUAUAUUAAAUUUUGACGCAAUACUGCUACGCACACGAUAUUAUAGAUUUUUUUUUCACCGGGACCGGGCCGGGCAUCUGACCAACGAAUCGAUCACGUUUUCCUGCAGUGAAAUUUUGCGGAUUUUUCUCGGUUUUUGUAGUAUUUUUUUAAAUUUWUAUUUUUUUUUAUAUUUCCGUUACGUUCAUAAUUAUAUUAUUUGUUUUUCACGAAGAUUUAUAUAUACGUCUAUACCACGUGACAUCGACGUCCGGACAACAACGUGAGUGUACACAUCUAUAUAAUAUAUAAUUAGAGCUUUGUGACAGCAUAUUAUAUAGAAACAAUGGUACGAAGAUAAAUUGUGCAUCGGGAUAUCGUUACCUAUAUUGACUUUUUUAUUGUCGAUUCGCUUUUUUAUUUGCGACCACUGCACGAGCCUAACGGGGCUGGGCGACAUGGAUCAAAGUCAGCGGAAUUAUUACAAAACGAAUAUAGCUGCUCUGAAUUUGACCGCGGCGCUGGUGAAAAGUGAGCCAUUGAACGAGAAAGAGGACGACGCGAAAUGGCCCUGUCUCGAAACGGUCAGCGGCAAAGAUAUUUUGUCCACAGAGACAUCAUCCACAACCUCCAGAGAYGAAACGUCCAACGCAUCCAAUCACAAAAGGAAACCGCUCUGUACCAUAGGAAACUCGUUCUACAUAUUCUCAGCAUUGGUAUUAUUCCUCGUGGGCAGCAUUACAAUAGUAUAUACACCAUUUAACAUAUUAAUGAAUGAGAGACUGAAAAUGGUUCGUGGUCUACCAGCAUACGAAUGGUGGAAGAAUCCUCCUGAUGAGGUUUUGCUUAGAGUGUACCUAUUUAACGUAACUAACAGUGAACGGUUCGAGAACGGAAUCGAUAGUAAACUGGAGUUAAAUGAAAUCGGUCCUAUAGUAUUCAGAGAAUUAUUACGACACAGUGAUGUUAGAUUCAACGACAACGGCACAAUGACUUAUGUAGCCACGAGAACAGCCGUGUUCUUGCCAGAAAUGACAAAUAUCAGUUUGGACGCUAAUUUAAUACUACCCAAUUUUGCCGCAUUGGGGAUGGCAUCAUAUUUAUGGGAUGCUUCUUAUUUCACGAGGUAUGGUUUCAAAUUAAUGAUGGAAAUGUUGGGUACAAAAAUGUUUAUUAAAACAUCUAUUAAUGAUUGUUUAUGGAACUUAACUGAUCCCUUAGUUCAAAAAGCAAAAUCUAUGAUGCCUGGUUUAGUUCCUGAAGAAAACAUGGGUAUAUUAUACCAGAUUUAUAACAAGUUCACGGAUGAAGUUACUGUAUUCAUGGGUCCAGAAAACGGACGAAGGUUCUUCACGGUAGAUAAGUACCAUGGUAAACCUAAUCUUGGAAUUUGGGAGGAUUCAAAGUGUGAUAGUGUACAGGGUUCUACUGAAGGUGUUACGUACCAUCAGUUUGUUUCAAAAAAUGACACAUUGAAGUAUUUAAGAAAAACUAUGUGCCGAGUGACACCACUAAAAUACAAAAAUGAGGUGACCAAAUCGGGAAUGACAAUGUACAAGUUUAUUCUUCCAAAGAAUGUAUUUUCUCAUCCACAAACCGAUCCAAGCUUAGAAGACUGUUUUCAUAAUCCUAAAUCAACUCCUCUCCUUUCUGGGCUUUCUGACGUAUCACCGUGUUAUUAUGAUUUCCCUAUUGCAGCCUCAUUUCCUCAUUUCCUCAAUGGUGAUCAAGCACUAGUGAAAUCAAUAUCAGGAUUAAAACCUACUGAAGAAAAACAUGGCUCGUACUUAAUCGUUGAACCAUUAACAGGGGUUCCAGUGGAAAGUAGAGCUCGUAGCCAGAGCAAUCUAGUCAUGCAUCCCACGAGUGGAUUUUCAAACCUUGACAAAUUCAGUAAUAUGACAAUACCAAUGUUUUGGGCAGAAUAUAAUCAAGUGGGUUUACCUUGGUACAUAACAACUCUAAUGUAUUUUACUGUUAUUGUUUUGCCGUACACACAAUCGGUCGGGAGCAUCAUCAUGAUGAUAACCGGUUUGGCAAUGAUCGGCAAAACGAUAUUUGAUGCAAUAUUUGGUUAUAAAAAACCACUAUACUCAUAUAGUUCUUUGGAUCUCUUGCCGUCAAUUAGCUAA